AGGAAAACCAAGCCAAAGAACAAGAACUAGUUGAAGAACUUCAACAUCAAAUCGAUGCAUUACGUAUUCGUAUUCCAAUAUCACAGUUUACUGAUGAAGACUUUGUUCAAGGUGCUACAGAAAUAGAGCAAGAGGAAGAAGAAGAGGUAGAGAUCAUAGAACCAACUCUAACUGCAAAAGAAAAGUUGGCUAUUUUGCGUGAUGCAUUAAAAAUUGUUACUGAGAUG